AUGAACAAAUCAAGCGAAGUUGAGCUCCUUUCCUGGAUCAAAAGCAUACUGUCUUUAAAAAUAAACGAGGAAAAGGACAGCCUUAUGGACCUGCUUGCAGACGGGAUUGUUCUGUGCAACCUAAUAAAUGCGUUCAUACCCAAAAAGUGCAACCCAAAGCCCUCAAACGUAGUCUUCAAGCGAAUGGAAAACAUUGACCAAUUCCUUCGCGCGGCCAGAGAGAUAGGCGUGCUGGACAGCGAGUUGUUCCAGACGGUGGACUUGGUGCACGAGGAGAAGAAGAAUCCAAAACAGGUUGCCAUAUGCCUAUACUCUCUCAGCAGGAACUUGAAGAAGACGUUCCCAAAGUCCAAAUUUAAAAUAAUCGGGCCAAAGCUUACGGACCCAAACAUCAGAGAGUUUACAGCAGAGCAGCUGGACAUGGGCAAAAAGAUAAUAAGCGUGCAGAUGGGAACAAACAAAGGCGCAACACAGUCUGGGCACGGAACAGGCGUGCGGCAGAUAACCCCUGGCUAUGAAUAA